UUCUCCUCCUCCAUCCAACAAGCAAAGUCCUAUCUCCUCCUUCUUUUUUUUUUCUGUUCUACCAGUCUAUCUUGCUUUAGCAUCUAUCACCAUGGCUGACGAGGCUCACGAGGUUACCUUCGAGUCCGCCGAUGCUGGCGCCUCGGCCACCUACCCCAUGCAGUGUUCCGCUCUGCGCAAGAACGGUUUCGUUGUGAUCAAGAACCGCCCCUGCAAGAUCGUCGACAUGUCUACCUCCAAGACUGGUAAGCACGGUCACGCCAAGGUUCACCUUGUCGCCAUCGACAUCUUCACCGGAAAGAAGUACGAAGAUCUGUCCCCCUCUACCCACAACAUGGAUGUCCCCAACGUCUCCCGCAAGGAAUACCAGCUCCUUGACGUUACUGACGACGGCUUCCUUUCCCUGAUGGACGACAGCGGUGACACCAAGGACGAUGUCAAGGUUCCUGAGGGUGAGGUUGGUGAGCGUAUCAACAAGAUGUUCAAGGAGGAGGAGAAGGAUUGCAACGUCGUCAUCCUCACCUCCAUGGGCGAGCAGAUGUGCAUGGAAGUCAAGGAGGCUCCCAAAUAAACAAUUAAACUGUUAAUGCCGGGUCAGCCCUUUUUGUUUCAAAGGAGCGUCAUGUGGUUACCUUUAAACUGGAGCAUGAUGCUACGUUUUGGGCAGAGUGUGGCAUCGCCGAUGUGUACUCCGUCGGUGCAGCCUUGGGUGUGCUUUGCGAGCAGACUUAAUAGCAUGCAUUUGGCAGGUCAAGCAUGCCUCUUAGCGGAACAGUCUUGAGUUCCGUACUCUUACGAUUGUUUGACGAAAUCAAAAUCCUCUUCUUGAAGCCAUG